AUGAAGUUUCUUGAACUUGCCGAACUUGACGCGAUCAACAACGCGUUGUCAUUUGAUGCUGACGAUUGCCGGAUACAUGGGAAAUGCGAAAUCUACACAACAAAAUCUACCGGUUCGGAUAAAAAGUUAUACAAGGCCAUUGAGACGCGGUGCCAAGAGGAUAUGCUUGCUUUUUCAAGUAGCAAAUCCCCUGAAGUUGCUUUCAGUUGGACACAACAGAGCCCUUUCGGACCCCUCGAUCAGUCCUCUUCGCGUCGCACGUUUAUGUAUAUUGUAGCUACUCUAAAUGCCUCUCAUCCUGAUCAUGACUUUAGUACUCUCCAGCCGACAGACUUUUACAAAGAACCUUUGCUUUCACGGGUUUUGGACAGUGUGAAUGCAACCAUCAAUGGCAUGGGUCGCGGUAGAAUAAGUGUAAACAAACUUUGGGAGACAGUAGACCGACAUAUCAACCUUUCAGAAUGUAAUAUCUACUCUUAUACUCCCGACAGCGAUAGCGAUCCUUAUGGAGACGAAGCUUUGAUUUGGAGCAUGUCAUACUUUUUCUUCAACAAGAAUAUGAAACGUAUGCUCUAUUUUUCCCUUCAUGGUCUUGGAAAAGAGGGCACGUAUCAAAACCAGUAUGCAAACGAAGAUGAAUCUGUCCUAACGCCGGUUCCAGAGGAUGGCGAACCCAGUGAUUUUGAGGACGAUUGGGUAGCCAAUAUGGACGAGUAA